AUGAGCGUGCACCUCAUAGCGGCGAAGCCGCAAAGCUGCAAGGCAAGAAAGGAGGGUUCGAAAGCCGCGCAGCGGCUUGGGAGCCCGACUUCGAGCACUUGCAGAGUACGUACUACUAGUAGUGGCCCAGCUCGCGACCGCGAGUUGUACUUUGGAUUAUGGGUAUCAAAUCAUGGUGGAAUCGGAGGCCUUCAAUGGGGGGCUUUCGGCCCCACCUCCUCCCUCCCCUUCCACCUCCUGCUCUCUCCAAUUCAAUUCUCUCUAGAGUUAUGGGGGGCCUUCGGCCCCAUCCUCCUCCUCUCCAAGAAGACCUCCACCUCCACCUCCACCUCGAUCUCCACCUUCACCACCCUCGGCGUCCGUAAGACCACCAUCCAGUUCGACUUGGCCACGAUCCUACAAUCCCACGCCCUUACAGACCCCAGCUUCGAUGUGGCCACCGGCGUGCGGACGCCGUAUCCGCAGCUGCCCGAAAUCCCGUUCAGCGCCACGGGACGCCCGUAUCUGCCAAAGGGCUAUUUUGCGCAGUGUACCCACGAGCAGGUGGCGCAGAUAGUGGUGGCGCUGUGCGCGUACUUGGGGGGGGAUGGGGGAGAUGGCAAAGGCGGGAGAGACGGUUACUUUUGA